ACGAAUUAACCUAACUUUUCAAUUCAAAAAAUAGAGAACAAGAUAAGAAAUUAAUUAAUACAACAAUAAUAAUUAGAUUGUAACGUAUUUAUUUAUAAAUAAUUAUUCAAUAUGACAAUUGUAACGUUAAAAGGAGUGCCCAUUAGUUUCCCAUUCGAACCCUACCCCAUACAAAAGACGUACAUGGAAAAAGUGCUAGACUGUCUUCAAAACGAAACCCACGGCGUCUUAGAGUCCCCAACCGGCACCGGUAAGACUCUCUCGCUGCUCUGCUCAACCCUGGCUUGGCUCCAGCUGAAAAAAGCCCAAAUACAGGCUCAACGCGAGAUUGCGUCGAGGACGAACGAAGACUUGUUUUUGAAGAAAAUCAACGAACAAUUAGACGAUGCCACUGGCCAAGCGUACAAUCUAAUAAGAGGAAACGUAUUACCGAAGAUCAUAUAUGCCUCGCGAACGCACAGCCAGCUGAGCCAGGCCAUGCAGGAAAUGAAACGGUCCGCGUACAGCGACAUGAAAGCCGUGAUUUUGGGCUCCAGGGACCAAAUGUGCAUACAUCCGGAAGUGGAAAGAGAGGAAAACAGGAAUUAUAAGAUUAUGAUGUGCAGGUUGAAGGUGAAAACGAAGGCGUGCAAGUUUUAUAACAAAGUUGAAAAGUUCAAAGACAAAACCCUUUCUACCAACACCAUCAUGGAUAUAGAAGACCUCGUCGGGAAGGGAAAAGAGUGCUCGUUCUGUCCAUUUUACAUGGCGAAAGAACUAAAAGAAAGCGCCGACAUCGUUUUCAUGCCCUAUAAUUAUUUAUUGGACCCUUCCAUAAGAAAAUCGCUAAAUAUCCAGCUGUCGAACUGCGUGGUGAUAUUGGACGAGGCCCACAACGUGGAAAGGAUUUGCGAAGAUUCCGCAUCGCUUCAGAUCAAAUCCUCCGAUGUAGCCCUGGCCCUCGAAGAAGUGACCGCCAUCAUGAAGAUUAUGUCUGACGAGACUAUGGACUUUGGCGAUGCUCCGAGAGAUUUCACCGCCGAAGAAUUGUGCCAACUCAAAGAAGUGCUGCUGAAUUUGGAAAAGGAAAUAGACGGUAUCGAUUUGAAGAGAAGCACCGAAGGCGUCACCAUGGAAGGGAUUUUUCUCUACGAGCUUUUCGAGAAAGUCGGUAUUCGUCAAGAUAAUUUCUAUCUGUUUGUAAAACUGAUAAAUAACGUUGUUCAAUAUUUGGCUACUAUGAAUGACGGCCCAUUCAGUCGAAAGGGAAACAGUUUGCAGAUGUUUGAGGAAAUUUUAAAUGUCGUGUUUUCCAUAAACUCCGGCGAUUGUAUGCAGAAGAUAAAAAAAUGUUACAAGGUGCACAUUCAAGAGGAGGAAGUUAAGAAAAAGGCGCCGAACAAUUGGCUAUCGAAAAUGACGUCAUCGAGGGCAGGAGGGAAGAUAAUUAAUUAUUGGUGUUUCAGUCCCGGUUUUGGAAUGAAACUGUUGCUACGCGAAGGCCUGAGGACACUCAUCUUAACCAGCGGAACUCUGGCCCCUUUGAAUCCGUUAAUAUCGGAAUUGGAAUUGGACGUGAAAGUGAAAUUGGAAAAUCCCCACAUAAUCGAUCGAGAUCAAAUUUGCGUGAAAAUCUUACCGGUGGGUCCGGAUAGCGAACCGUUAAAUAGCGGUUAUCAAAAUAGAGACAACAUGAAAUAUAUAAACUCCUUGGGCAUGUCGAUUUCAAAUAUUUGCCUCAUGGUACCCGAUGGAAUGCUCAUAUUUUUCCCGUCUUACACGAUCAUGUUGAAAUGCCAAAACGCUUGGCAAGAGAGCGGAAUUUGGGGUAGAAUAUGUAAAAUUAAGCAAAUAUUUGUGGAACCCAGAGAUAAGAACUCGUUUAACGCCGCUAUGACGGAGUAUUAUUCCAAUAUAAAAGAUCCCAAUACCAAAGGAGCGAUAUUCAUGGGCGUAUGUAGAGGAAAAGUAUCAGAAGGAUUGGAUUUCGCCGAUGCCAAUGGAAGAACGGUUUUAAUAACGGGACUACCAUUUCCCCCGCUCAAGGAUCCCAGGGUCAUAUUAAAGAGACAAUACCUAGAUAGGUGUAACGCCGAAGAUAAACAAUUUCUGAGAGGACAGGAAUGGUACAGUCUGGAAGCGUCCAGAGCCGUAAACCAAGCCAUAGGUCGAGUAAUACGCCACAAAGAUGAUUACGGUGCCAUACUGUUGCUCGACAAUCGAUUCAACAGCCCUUCGUUGAGGAAUCAAAUGUCCCUGUGGGUGAGAGAUCAAAUCAAAGUUUGCAAAGGCUUCGGGGAAAUUAUGCGCGAUCUAAAAGUGUUCUUCAAGAAUGCCGACGCAAAAUAUAAAGCCGCGCUGGAGCGGAAAUCGUCUUUGAUAUCACCGGUGUCUGAUGUGAUGUUGAUUGAACACAAUUCGAUGGAAGAAGUGGUCAUUCACAAAAGGAAUAAGAACGAUUUCGAAGGCAAUCCGAGCAAAAAAGCCAAAUUACACUUGGUCAAACCGACCACAAGUAGCGGUUCAAGCGAGAACUUCGAGAGUUCCACAAAGGAGUAUUUCGUUAUGGUGAAAAGGGGUUUAGACGAUUCAAUGUUCAAAGACUUCAAAAAUAUCCUGGAAGAGUACAAGUCUGACAGCGAUUUGAAGAAUUUAACAGCGAGUUUGGAUACGCUUUUUAAAGGUAAAUACCAUCUGAAAUACCUCAUUCCCGGUUUGGAACCGUUUAUCAACAAGAAACACAAGGUUGAGUUUAGCCAAUACUGUCAACAAAACGGCCUGUUAGACGUGUGAAAGUUUCUAACCAACUACCGUAUAUUAAGAUGUUUAUAAUUUAUUUUUAUUAGCACAAAUGUGAUAUUUCAUGAUUUCAUAUUCUGUUUAUACCUAUUAAAAAUUUCUUCUUAUUUAGUUGUGUUUUUCAAGCAUGCGAACGUUUUCGUACACCUCAAGUUCUGGCAUAUUUCUACAACGAAAUUCGAUAUGUAGGCGUCCUUUUCGGAUUUCUUAUUUUCGAAUAGUAUAAUGAGAUAAAUUGUCGAUUCCACUGUGGCAAUUAUGUACGUGUGUUGU